UUUUCAUCUUUUUGAUCACUGCCUUGUAUUAAAAGUGUAUUUCCUCAUGUAUUGAAACCAAAGAAUCUUUUCUCAUAAUAAUGAUGAGGGGGGAAACCACAUGAACUAACACCCUGUAACAGAGGAAGGAGGAGGAGGUUCAUGUGUUAUGUGAGUGAACUGAUGCAAGAAGAAUUAAUUCAGUAUCAACAAAAGACAGAAUGGAGAAAUCAUUUCUUCUGCUUUUUCUGAUCUCACUGCUGAGCUACACCACAAACCAAGCUCUUCUGACUGUGAGUCCCAGCAGCUCUCAGAUGUUUGACGGAGACUAUGUGUCUCUGAGCUGUGAGGAGGACGACAGCUCUGCUGGAUGGACUCUGAGGAGAAACACAAGCAGAGAAAUCAGAGCUGAGUGUGAGGAGUGGGGAGCAGCAGCUGAUUCUUCCUGUAACAUUAGCAGUGUCCUCCCAUGGGACAGUGGAGUUUACUGGUGUGAGUCCAGAGAGGGUCCCAUCAGUAACAUGGUUAACCUGACAGUCACUGGUGGAUCAGUGAUCCUGCAGAGUCCUGUCCUCCCUGUGAUGGAGGGAGAUGACGUCACUCUGCUCUGCGAAGAAAAGAAUUCCUUCAGCCUCCCGACUGCUUUCUAUAAAGAUGGCUCCCUUAUCGGCAACGAGACGACAGGUCACAUGACCAUCCAGCAUGUUUCCAGGUCUGAUGAAGGCCUCUACAAGUGUGACAUCAGCGGUCAUGGAGAGUCUCCAUCCAGCUGGAUCACUGUCACAGAUAGGCCUGCAAACACAAUCCUACACCCAUCCUCAGCACCACCUCCUGACCCCACCUCCCUCAACCUUGUGUUCAGCGUUGUCUCUCACCUGGUGGUAAUUUGUCCAUACUUCAUCUCCACUCUGCUCAUGGUGUCUUUAUAUCGACACAGAGCCAAAGCAUCCCUGCCGACCCAAGCUGAGCAGAGACAGACUGAGGACUUUGAUAACAUUGUGGAGGUGACCACUGAGCAUCACUUCUGAGUUGCACACUUUUGACAAGCCACAUAGUGGAGACAGCAAACAUGUCAAAAAAGGUUCUCUGGUCAGAUUUAACGUCUUGACCUUGCAAAAUGCUGCCUACAAAUGAUUGACUCAGGUGGUCUGAAUACAAAUGCAGAAACAUUUUUCAGAUUCUUAUAUGUAAA